AAACGAAACAAGUUUUAAAAAAAUUUCUAGUCCGUUUUUCCUCAAAUCGAAUUUUCUCCUGAAUCGAAAAAAGCAUUUCAUUUUAUUUUGCUCAUCGUAAUUACUCCUAAAAAAAAUUUAAAAAUGUCGACUGAUGGUACAUCGAUAGCAUCAACAUCAUCAUUGGCCCGUACACCUGCACAAACCGAAAUGAAAGGUUGGCUUUUAAAAUGGACCAACUAUAUUCAAGGUUAUCAGAAACGAUAUUUUGUUCUUAGUAACACAAAACUUUCUUAUUAUCGGUAUGUGAAUAUUCGAUCAGUGAUUCUGAAUUUAAUCCGAUUUAAUUUAUUGUUUAAAAAUCCAAUGGAAUGUAAUCAAUCCUGUCGUGGUUCAAUACAUCUUGAAUCAGCUAUACUUCAUUCAUAUGAUAGCUGUUCAUUUGAUAUUUCUAGUGGCCCGAAAACAAUUCAUCUACGUGCACAUAAUGAAGUGGACAAACAAAAUUGGAUUUCUGCUAUCGAAUUGGCUAAAGUUCGACUUAUCCGUCAAAUGGAUGCAGAAUAUGAUGAUUAUUUUGAUAUCACACAAAAUUUUAGCGAAAUUCAAACAAUGUUAAGAACUAUGCAGGCCAAAUUGAAUGAUUUGCAGCAACAAAAAGAAUUUCUUUCGAAACAAAGUAAUGCUUUUCAACAAUUGCUAGAUCAAUGUGAACAGAGCGAACAAAAUUGCCCACCCGAAUUUUUACCAAAAUUACGCACUAUAAAAGAACGUGUAACGGUUCUUUAUUUGACUUGUACUUCCAUCAUUACUAAAAGUAUAGAUUUUUACUUGUGUGCUCAGGCACACAAUCGUAAGCUACAAGUAAUGCUACAACAUGAAUCGCAAACACGUGCUGAUCUUGAAGAUCUAGUUAAAACUUUGGCCGAACAACAAUCACAUCUUGAACAACGUGCUAUUGAACAUCAACAGCAUGCAACUUCCGAACAUAGUGCUUCUAGUCGUCGUGAUAAAUCUGAGAACGAGAAUACUGAAGAUGAAGAAUUUUAUGAUGCCGAAGCGAAUUCAGCAACAGAAUUUUCGGUCACAUUCCCCGGUAAAGCUCAUCGUAUCUUCCCAACACCAUCCACUUCAUCACCAACCGCUGAUCGACCAACUAGUGAAAAUUCUCAACGUAAGAAACGUAAUCAUAAAAAGUCAAAAAAUCGAAAAAAAUUAAACUCGGCGAAUGAUAGUAGCAAUAGUAAUGAUGAAGAUAAUGAUGACGAUGAAGCCAAUUCAUACAGUGAAGAUAAUGAAGAAAUUGAAAUCGAUGUUGUUACACGAAAAUCCGUUUCAUUUACGGCAAACAAUUCAUCUGCUGGUAAAACAAGUGAACCGUCAAAUGGCAAUUCUACUGAUAAUUUAGAUAGUAGUAAAAAUGAAAGACCUGAUAGUCAAACUUCUAAUGAUUUGGCCAUUAUGACGACUACCAAGCGACCUGUUCGACAACGACGUACAAGAAUUCCCUAUCGUCCAAAUCAUAGUCUAAAUCUAUGGUCAAUAAUGAAAAAUUGCAUCGGCAAAGAAUUGACAAAAAUUCCGAUGCCAGUCAAUUUUAAUGAACCACUUUCAAUGCUUCAGCGUAUGACUGAAGAAUUUGAAUAUGCUGAUCUAUUGCAUAAAGCUGCCAAAAUUAGUGAUCCAUUAGAGCAGUUAGUCUACGUUGCCGUAUUUAGUGUUACUUGUUAUUCAACAACAGCCAAUCGAACCAAUAAACCUUUCAAUCCGCUAUUGGGUGAAACUUAUGAAUGCGAUCGCACAGAUGAUCUUGGAUGGAGAUGUAUCUCUGAACAGGUGAGCCAUCAUCCACCAAUGCUUGCUCAACAUUGUCAAGCUCGUGAUUGGAUCUGUUGGCGUGAAUUUAGCAUGACGAGUAAAUUUCGUGGGAAAUAUUUGCUCAUCAAUCCCUUGGAUAUAACGCAUUUAGAAUUUCCAGCAUCGAAAAAUCAUUAUACAUGGCGUAAAGUGAAUACUACGGUUAAUAAUAUUAUUGUUGGAAAAUUAUGGAUAGAUAAUCAUGGUGAAAUGAAUAUUAUUAAUCACAAAACUGGUGAUUCUUGUCACCUUACAUUUCACCCGUAUAGUUAUUUUAGCCGUGAAACGCCCAAAAAGGUAACUGGUGUCGUUCUCAGUAAGGAUGAAAAAAUCAAAUGGGUGUUGAACGGAACUUGGGACAAUAAAAUGGAAGCCUGUAAAGUAAUAAAUCCGACACAGCUAACGUCCAAAAGUUCUAAACCUGUGAUAGAAACCGGAACUCCGAAAUUGAUUUGGAGACGCGUUCUUCCUUCACCUGAAUAUGAAAAGAUGUACAAUAUGACAUUACUUGCUGUGCAAUUGAAUGAACCAGAAGAAGGUGUUGCACCUACAGAUAGCCGAUUACGACCUGAUCAACGAUUGAUGGAAGAAGGUUUUUGGGAUGAAGCAAAUGAAGUGAAAAGUAAAUUAGAAGAAAAACAACGUACUGUACGUCGUAAACGUGAAGAAGAAGCCGAAGUGGCGGCAUCUAAAGGUCAACCAUAUAUUCCAUAUGAACCAGUUUGGUUCAAAAAGAAUAAAGAUCCAAUCACUGAUAAUCCGGUACAUAUGUUUAUGGAUACUUAUUGGAAAUGUAAAGACAAACAGGAUUGGUCUGCUUGUCCAGAUAUUUAUCUUGAUGAAUAUAAAUCAAUUAAUCAAUAAUUAUAUUUUCUUCCAUUCAAAUUUAAUUGAAUUCAAUUAUAAUCGAUUUUAGUGAGAAAACAAUGUUUUAU